AUGGAACGGACCGCCAUCCAUGGUGUCUACUCUACGACGCCGCCUCAGAUCGAGGAGCUGUCUUCUUGUCUAGCUAUUAUUAGUGCUCACUGUCCGCCGAUGGAAACGCCUGAUGGAUAUCCCUGCGGCUCCAAAAGCUCACAAGAAAUCAACGAACACCGUGCUAACAAGUGCGCCGCCUUUCUUCCACCUCCCAUAGGUGAACCGCUAGGCCGAAUUAAAUUCCAUCUCUUCGCCAACACAGUGCCCAAGACGGCCGAGAACUUCCGCCAGUUCUGCACCGGCGAGCACAAGACCCCCACAGGCCGCGUGCAGGGCUACAAGGGGAGUAAAUUUCACAGAGUGAUCAAGAAUUUCAUGGUCCAAGGCGGCGACUUCCUGAAUUCUGACGGCACCGGGUCUACGUCGAUCUACAAUAAUGCAGCGUUCGCGGAUGAGUCGUUUGUGCACAAGCACACGACCGCAGGGCUAUUAUCUAUGGCCAACUCCGGCCCGAAUACCAAUGGAUGUCAGUUCUUCAUUACCUGUGCGCCGACGCCAUUUCUCGAUGAGAAACACGUUGUCUUUGGGCAAGUCGCGGAGGGCAUGGAGAUUGUGCGCAUGAUUGAGAAUGUGAGGACUGCUGGAGCGGGUGGACGAGGGUCUGGCGAGAGGCCGGCCCAGGAUGUUAGGAUCAGCGAAUGUGGUGAGAUGUGA